AUCGUGCCCUGCGUCUUCCGGUUACAAUUGUCAGCCCGGCUUUUUCCUGCGCACGUCCCGUCAUGGCGCAGGGGCAGCGCAAGUUCCAGGCGCAGAAGCCGGCCAAGAGCAAGGCGGCGGCGGCGGCCUCGGAGCGCAGCCGGGGCCCGAGGAAGGGAGGUCGUGUUAUCGCCCCCAAGAAGGCGCGCGUCGUGCAACAGCGAAAGCUCAAGAAGGACCUGGAGGUCGGGAUCCGGAAGAAGAUUGAACAUGAUGUGGUGAUGAAAGCCAGCACCAGCCUGCCCAAGAAGCUGGCGCUGCUGAAAGCCCCCGCCAAGAAGAAGUAGGCAGCCUCUUCCUCCUCCAAGACACGUUCCUAAGGACGCAGCCCCUGCCUCCAUGCUCAGACCUCUGCAGGGGACUCCGCGGGCAGCACCAUGGACAGAAGGAGCCCUGCUCCCCAGGGCCUUGUGUUACAGCUCGAACUUCGGACUCGGGGUGGGGGGGAGGGGGCUGGCCUGUGAGCAGGUGACCAGCACGUCUGUAGUGCAUGGGUCAGUUUCCCAGGUGCCAAGAAUUCAGCAGUGGCCUUGAGGAAGUGUUCACCAACUUCUUGUACCGUCCUCCCGCGGUUUCUGUGUCCGCUGGUUUAAUCGGAGCAAUAAACCUGGCUUUGUCAUUC